GCGCACCGCCGCCCGGCUCCGCAGCACACGCCCCGCCCGAUCCCGAGCCAGAGCCCGAGCCGCUGCCGGCGCCAUGGCGGACCUGCACGCGCUGUCCGUGCUGUACGAGGAGAGCAACGACCUGCAGAUGGACGUGCUGGGCGGCGAGGGGGACCUGCCGCCGAUGGAGGUAGGCGGCCGGGGCCCGCCGCAGCCCGAGGAGGAAGGCCCGAUGGAGGAGGAGGGGGCGCAGGCCAUGGCGGCGGCGGGGGGCCGCGGCCUAGCAGGCCGGCCCGGCCCCGAGGAGCUGCCGGCCGUGUUCGCGGGCGCCGACUUCGAGGCGGAGGAGUUCGAUGACUGGGAGGACGACUACGACUACCCCGAGGAGGCGGCGCAGCGGCCGGGCUUCCGCGGCUCCGCGGCCCUGGACGAGGCCAACAAGAUGUUCCUGCGAACCUCCGGGGAGGCGGGCGCGGACGGCGGCUUCCAGGUGCAGUACGAGAAGACCCCGUUCGACCAGCUGGCCUUCAUCGAGGAGCUCUUCUCCCUGAUGGUGGUCAACCGUCUGACCGAGGAGCUCGGCUGCGACGAGAUCAUCGACAAAGAUUAGCUCCGUGCGGUUCCAGAGGAGGAGGAGACCCCUUGCGGGGAGGCCCAGCGUUCCACUGUCUCUCGGGUGUAUUCCACAUAGUUCCGUGCCAAUGAAACACUUGGUCUUCAAAGAAAAAAACAUUUUUUUUUUUUCCAGAAUAGAAUAGGGCAGUGACUGCACAGUGGUGAAAAAGGGGGGAAAAUAACUGGUGAAGAAAAAGGAUCUUAGGACUGUUGCAAACCUGUUUGUCCUGAAAUACCAUGGCUUUCUUUGACUUUGUGAUUGAUCCGGAUUCUCUUCUUUGCGUUGGGAAAAAAAAAAAAAAAAUGACUUCCACAUCCAACCCUAAGGAAUGGUUUUGCAAGAAUACAUCGUGACCAAGACGAACUGCUGGCCAGUGCAAGAGCACACUGAUGCUAAUGGCGUGAGGAAAAGGAAUGUAGCCAGCCAGCGUAGGACACCAGAUGUCUUCUGGGUGUAUUGGACAGAAAGCCUAUUGAGGAAACUGAAAAUUCCACUUUGUGAUCUAUUCAAGCUAUAGGAAUCAAAGGCUAAAUUUUUUUUUUUUUUUUAGUAGAUGAUAAUAAUCAGGUGAAUGUUCUUAGCAUCCCAGAAGAAAAAGCAAUCCCCAGGAGAAAAAGGUAUCAUGUGAACUUCAACUUCUUAAUCCUGUUCUAAGAGCAUCUGAAAUUUUAUUUGUACGUCUAUCUUGAUCAUUUAUAAAGCUGUUGUGAUCUGUAAUUCAAGAAAUUCAUUAUCUUGAUUGACCAUUAUUUUUAAAAGUAAAAAAAAAAUGAAAUCCUUAGUACAUUUUCAAAUGCAAACAUUAAAAUGUAUGUGAACGUAUCAAGAAAACUAUUUCUAAUAACCUCCAUAUCCUAGAGAAAUUGUAUUUUACCUUUAACUUUGCAGGGAAAAGACUGGUGGAACUUCAUCAUGGAAGAACUGUUAAGUGAAAGUUGUCAAGUGAAAGAAAGGCCCUACAUUUAAAAAGGACUCUGUGAACAGUUAUGCCGUCAACCUUUAAAGGUUUCAAACCUAUCCAGAAAUUUCUGAGGUUUCCCUCUGUCUCCUCCUCUAAUUAAGCUUGUUAUUGGUUAUGCACCAGCAUUUGAGAUAAUAAAAUUUCUUGUUCUGUGUA